AUGGCUCUCCCGGAUCUCUACUGCCUCGCCUAUGCCCCGAUCCAGAGCACAUGUUUAGAUUCCAUUGGGGACGAUGAUUGUUCUCCUGAAGUCAUUGUGAAGGAACUGCGCAUGCUGCAAGAGUUCACCAGUUGCGGAUUCCGGGCGUUCAGCAAGUAUUUUGAGAGCGAUGAUGCACGGGAAAAGACUGCGCAGGCGUCUGCUGCCCUAUACUGCUUGACAGGGUUCUGCAAUCGCAUCCAGUCUCUGUCUCUUGCAGCCAGCAACCUGGCGGGAGGCACUAUGCAGCGUGGCUACCCAGACAGUUCUUCAGUUUUGCGGGAACUUGUGGCUGCUGCGAAGGACGUCGGCUUGACGCCGACGGACAACGAGAUUUCUAACCUUGUUGACUGCGAGAAAGAUGCAGAAUGGGAAACGCCCACGGCAGGACGAGGAAAGGUCGAAUUCCGCAGCUCCGUUUCAAUGAUUGUCAACGAACCGGACCGGGACGACACGCCUGUUGUUAGCCACCAACCCAUCAAGCCUGAUUUCAGUCGGAAGAAGGUCCGAAAGGCUACAGGCUACGCAAAAUUCAACUUUGAAAAAGAGAAAGAUGAUGACGAACGGAACGACGUUUCGACAUCUGCAAGUCCGGUGCCGAAGAGCAACAAAUCAACUCCGGAUAACUUUGAAAAGCGAGAGAGUCAAAUGUCCGAGAAGUCAUCCGGCCAGCAGGCGCAGGGGUCGCGAAUGUCUUUCCUCUGCGGACUGUGCAGCAACGUGACGGACGAACCAGAGGUUCACGUCCUUAGGCGUGAGAGCUCCGUUUCGAUGGGCGUUGUUCAGGAAAUCGACGACCCUGAAGGAGACUCGCAUUGGCACGACCGUGAUCGUCACUCAGGCCGCUUCAAUCGUAUCAGAAAAAGGGUACCAACUGGGCACGCCUCCUUAAUGAAGAGAAGCAGCGACGAUCUUCUAGAACUUCUUGAGCAGGACGAUACGGAAGAAGGGAAAGCCGCUCGAGAGAUCCUCAUUCGCAACACCGCCCUCAACACCUUUGUGCCACCGGGUUUCGCAGUCUCCGACGAAGAGGACGAAGGGAUGUCUGAGGCGUCGAAAUACAAUGGUGGAGUCGGGACUGGAGAGACAAAAUGUGCGGACGCGGAGGAACCGCGUGUGCUCGUAGACGAUUUUUAA